AUAAAAUUUGAAUAAAUUCAUUUGAUCUUUUACAUCAGUAUCAACUAGACGCGCUGACACUUGAACAUAAACGCAACGUUUUAAUGAUGGAUCAAGCACAAUACGUUUUUUUGUUCUUUCUUUUGAUGAACUCCUCCGUAUUUACUGCAGGUAAAACAUCGGUUCAAAAAGAUCAAGACUCGUUCAUUAAAAUUGGCAGCAAGUAUUACUUAGUGGUGUUUAAGGACCCAGAGUUAAAUUGGUUCACAGCUGCUCAUUUUUGCCGUUCUCAGGACAGUGAAUUGUUAACGAUUGAAUCGUUGGCUGAAAAGGAAGCUUUAUUUUCAUAUUUAAAAAAUAUAAAAAAGUUAAAUUAUAUGGAAGCUUGGACAAGUAGCAACGAUUUGCCGGUAGAGGGACAAUACUUGUCCCUGAAUAGGGGACGUCCAAUGCUCUAUACAUUCUGGGCGAAGGACGAACCAAACAAUGCGGGAAAUGCGGAGGAUUGUGUACACGUUGUGCUGAAAGGUGAUAGCUUUACAAUGAACGAUAAUAGUUGCUAUAAAGGACAAGCACAUGCUAUCUGUGAAAAGGGUUCAGCGUCAAAUGGUCGUGAUUCCGCUCCAAGAGAAAAAUCAAAUUGUGAUAAUGUGACAGAAAGUUAUGCUUUAAAAAAACUCGUAGAAGUAUACCUAAAAUAUGAAAAUGUACUUAACUGCAGAGAAUAGCAAAACUGUAAAACUUCUUGAGAGUUUUUUGUUAAUUUUUUUCAAAUUUGAAUAAAAUACCAUAUUUUGGUAAAAUUAUAGAUGCA